GCGCUAUAAUGACGCGAUGACGCUGACGCGAGAGGAUGGCGGCGGCGGGAUCCUCCGCAGAAGCCGCCGAGGAGUGGAGGAGGCUGUGUGGGGUUUGAGGUGUAGACAGAGACACAGCUUGCACAGCAGAUCCUGCUGUCCUUGACCUGAGAGAAUGCCUCCGUGGCUGCUUAGUUCCCUUCCGUGAUGGGCUGUGGGACAAGUAAGGUCCUUCCUGAGCCUCCCAAGGAUGUACAACUGGAUCUGGUCAAAAAGGUUGAGCCUUAUACUGGCCAUAAGACUGAUGUGUACAAGCAUUUCAUCAAAGAUGAUGGUGUUGGGACCCUUAAAACUGGAUCCCCAUUACCCCCUUAUCACAUUCAACCAUAUCCAGGAACUCAUCUGGCUAGUCACAUGGAGCCUCAUGAGCCCCGAAGGACCAGAGUGGCCAAAUACAGGGCCAAAUUUGAUCCGCGAGUAACCGCUAAAUAUGAUAUUAAGGCCUUGAUUGGACGGGGCAGCUUCAGCAGAGUUGUUCGAGUAGAGCAUAAAGCCACUAAACAACCCUAUGCCAUUAAGAUGAUUGAGACAAAGUACCGAGAAGGGAGGGAAGUGUGUGAGUCUGAGCUGUGUGUCUUGCGACGGGUUCGCCAUACUAACAUCAUCCAACUCAUUGAAGUAUUUGAGACACAGGAGCGUGUUUACAUGGUGAUGGAGCUAGCCACUGGAGGAGAACUAUUUGACCGGAUCAUUGCCAAAGGCUCCUUUACUGAGAGGGAUGCCACCCGGGUUCUGCAGAUGGUGCUGGAUGGUGUCAAGUACUUGCACACUUUGGGUAUCACACAUCGGGAUCUGAAACCAGAAAACUUGCUGUAUUAUCAUCCAGGCACAGACUCUAAGAUUAUGAUCACUGACUUCGGGUUGGCAAGUGCCCGGAAAAAAGGGGAUGACUGCCUUAUGAAGACUACCUGUGGCACUCCAGAGUACAUUGCUCCAGAGAUACUGGUCAGGAAGCCCUACACUAACUCUGUGGAUAUGUGGGCCCUGGGGGUCAUAUCAUACAUCCUGCUGAGUGGAACUAUGCCUUUUGAAGAUGACAACCGCUCAAGACUCUACCGGCAGAUCCUAAAGGGGAAGUAUAGUUACUCAGGGGAGCCCUGGCCCAGUGUGUCAAAUUUGGCAAAGGAUUUCAUUGAUCGUCUGCUAACUGUGGAUCCCGGUGCCAGGAUGACAGCUCUCCAAGCCUUGAAGCACCCAUGGGUGGUGAGCAUGGCUGCCUCUUCUUCCAUGAAGAACCUUCACCGUUCAAUUUCCCAGAAUCUUCUUAAGAGGGCAUCUUCUCGAUGCCAAAGCACCAAGUCAGCCCAGUCUACACGCUCCAGUCGCUCUACCAAAUCCAAUAAGUCUCGGCGUGUUCGUGAGCGGGAACUGCGGGAACUUAACCUGCGCUACCAGCAGCAGUAUAAUGGCUGAGCCAUCAGCUUUCCUUGCACACCUUAGGUCUUCUCAGACACACCUUUUCUCAUCCACUUCCCUUCAACUGAAGUGUUCCCAGGGAUAGGCCUGGGGAAGUGGCAGUGGGACCCAAUAUCUAGGGAGCUAGAGCAGAUACCACAAUCACUCAAGCUUCUCUUCUUAUUUUGGGAAGGACCUGGGUCUGAUGAUACCCAUUGCACAAAAGACUCCUAUCCCCUUGCCAGAUGUCCACUGUCUUAAGUGCCUUGUGCCACCUCAUAGGCUAGUUAGUACCCCUGGAAGGAGAAAAGCCUGGUGGGGCUGGGGUGCCCAGUAUUAUUUAUUAAUGCCAGAUUCUAAGGACUGAGCUUGUCUGCCUACACCCAUACGGUAUAUAUAGGUGGCAUGUUUUUGUGAAUCAAGAGCCCUUCUCAGAUGACGAAGGAUGAUACUUCUGUUGUGUGCCCACCUUUCCUGGGAGGUUGGAAUACUGAGUGGCUGUGACUCAGCUACCUAAGAGCUUCCUGCUGUGUCAGAACUACCAAGGGUUGUUUGAUUGUUUGAUUGGGGUUGAUUGUUGAUGGGGGUGGGUGGCCACGUACUAGGAGAUCUGGACUAGUAGUAGACUAAGGAUUUUAGCUCUGAGCACUUUCUUGUGGUGGGGUAAGUUUUUGAAACAUAAUUCCUUAGUGCAUUUAAAAAAAAAAAGGAAAAUCUUUUUUAAGGGAAUCCCUUGUCCCCUCCUUCUUUAAUUCCAGUCCUCUCUGCCUCAUCUCCUUGAAGUUCACAGCCUAGAGAUGGUCAUUGUGGAUGUGAUGUUAUAUAGACCAGGCUGCUCACUUGGAGUAAGGAAUGCCUCUCUUUGCAGCCUGCAUUAUUUGAUGGUAAAUUCCCCAAAUCCUCCUCAGGAGAGGUUUUUUUUUUUUUUAACCAAAGCCCCAAGCCUUUCUUUUCCACUCACUUGGAGCUAGUACGUGAGAGCCCCCUGAUGUCAAAUAAGUUGCCCUUGGCUGUUUUGCUUGUUUGAAGGCUUAACAGGGAAAUUUGGUAGGAUAUUCAUCCAGAUCCCUUUCUUUCCCUUCCUUUUUUUUCUCCCUCCUUUUCUGGGGAGUACCCAUCUGGUUUAAAGGAAACCCUGAAAUCAGAGAUGACACCUAUAGCAUUUACUUGGCACUAGAGUACCCUUUCUGAUCAGGACCCCUUGUGUUACCAACAGGAAAUGGAAUACCUUUGUGGUAGACUCACCUGGACUGGAGUAGGUGAUCAGUAGUGACUCAGUGAGGAAGCUCCUAGAGGGAGCCAAAGAAAUCUACUCAGAUGUGAGUGGUCUUUCCUAAGGGGGCUGGGGGUAGGAAUGGCAUGGGAGGAGGGUAACUAAGCAUCCAGGUCCCCCAGUGAGUGGGGGAAGGAUCCACUAAGGGACCUGAGAGGGUAUAGCUAUCUAUAGGAUCUUCUUUUAAAUAGAAGUAUGUUUCUGUAAAACAAGAAAUACAGAGUACAUUCAGCAAGCUUAGUCAUUCCAUCCCUUAAGACAGCCUGCUUCCUUCUCCUGAAAGGAAGCUACGAUAUGUACAGGGACUAUUUCAAGGCAGAUCCUUGUACCAUCUUAUUCUAAGGGUUCAAGUGUCUUAUCAUAUCCCAGGGUUGUCCUGGCCCCUUUCCCUUUCAUCUGAUUUCUCUCAGGAAACGAUAUUUAAAGGGAAAUCUGAACCUAUCUAGUCCUAGUUCUGGAAAGGGGAAGAGCAGGUAACCUAACUCGUAGCCAGGAAAGAAGAGGAGAGUGUCUGGCUUUCCUGCAGCAUUCGGUGGUGAGUGCUCAGGCUGGAGGAAAAAGCAGCUGAAAUAGUCUCUCAGGGCAGACAAGGUAAUCAAUCACCCUGGCCUCUAAGCAGUUUUGGCCACCCCCCUUAGAAAAGUGAAACUACACAUUCCCCCUUUCCUCUUUUAUCCUGUAGACCCCGUUAUCCUCAGGGGAGGAGUUGUGUCCCACCUCCAUUUGGAGAGUUCUUCCACUUUUAGGGUAGGGAUGGCUAUAAAGCUGGGGGAAUGUUACCUCUUUCUCCUUCCCUGCUGGGUGCUAUCUCUGCUGUUACAGUGCACACACAUUGUCAACUCCAUGUCUCUGCCUACCUUGUUUCUUCUGUAUUCUUCAGAACUCCUCUGUCUAUCCUACUUUUCCCAUUAGGCCCUGCAGGCAGGAUGUUUUUAGAACUUUUUUAGCUUAUGGGUUGGGGUUUAUCCACUAAGUGAACCAGUCUUCCAUGGACAAAGUCCAAGUGACACCUAGUGGCUACUUGGGACAUGACUAGGCAAUGAGUCUGAGAAGCAGCCACGAUGGGCCUGGACAGGAGGUUCUGGAGCUGGAAUUCUUUUCCAAGAUCCUGAUAGGAGUGUGUUUCCCACUUCCUCCCACCCUGUUCCCCUUCUCAUAUCCAGAAUCAUUUAAAAUGUGGAGUUAACACAUCCUCAGGGAGUCAACAUGCUGCCUGAGGAGUAAGGGAGUUCUAGGGGAAGAGCUUGGUCAUAACUUCGUUUAUUCUUCCAUUCCCUUCCCUCCCAGCCAGGAAGCCUGCUCUUAAGGAAUUUCUUGUGGAACUUAGCAAUACUGUGUGAAUCUGCCCAGUCCUGCAGGUAAGGGGAGUGGGGGAGGCCCCUGGUGCCCUUAGGUGAAACAGCAGGGCUGGGAUGGAGGGGGGCUGGUUCCCCCAACAUAGCCCAUUUGGGACUGUAUACUCUCAGUCCUGACCAGACUAUAUUGUCUGCUUGGACAUCUCUAACUCCUUUAAAAUGCACGGGCUUGCAAACCUUGUCUGGCUUACAGCUAAGAUGGAGCAAUAGAACCCAUUUUAAAGGGCUUCCCUCAGUUUUCCCUGCCUAUCUUUAAACUGAAGUUUCUUUAAACUGAAGUUGCUUUCAGCAAAUUCAGAAAGGGGCUAGGGCUUAAUGGAAAUUAAUCAAAUAGUCAAGCUGCUUCUUUAAUAGGACCCCCAUGGCCCUUAGAAUAGGGGAUUCUGCCAAGAAAACAAAUGUUUUUCCAUAUCCCUGGCCCAUAGAGAUCUAAUGGGGCACUGUUGUUUAUAUAAAACAUCAACAAUAAAAGUAAAACUUCAUAUGGACAUUGUUGCCAACUCUAACCAGCAGUGCCAAGGACCAAGCCUCCUCUCGUGGUGGUUCCUUGGUACCAACAGGAAAACCAAACCAAAGUCACUGUAUAUUUGUCUAUACAAGUAUACAUUUGUGCAAAGAGAGCCAUUUGUCACAAAGUGCCUCCUCCAGGGCCUGGGGAGCCUAAACAACCUCCUCUUGGGUCACUUUACCUGCCAUUCUGCUUUCCUCUUAACAACCCAGGGACUUUCAGGCCCAAUUUUCUAUCCUGAAGAUAGAAAGUUGCCCCUGGAAGAUGGUCUCACAGCCAGGAGAAAUCUCAGCCACUUUUCCAACCUCUUGGAGUGUUGGGCAGCAGUCAAGAUACCUAUGGGACUGAGAAGCAAAUCCCUGAUGUGUGCCCAGAGCUUCUUUGCUUCCAUACCUCCUUACACCGACCUUCUUCCUCACUGCCAAGAGCCCUCGCCCUGGAAGGAUCAUAUGGAUUUGUCUUGGCUAGGAAAAGGGAGAUGCCUGGGUGGAAGCUUCCUGUUUCUUUCUCCUGACCCUUGGUUCCCAGUGAUCUCUUUGGGGUACCUGGCUCUUCAGAGGACUUUCUCAUUGCCAAUCCUAUUACCUGCAUACCACUACCCUACUUCCUUACCCAGUUGAACAUUCUUGAAUCCAGUCACCUCCCUCUCCUCUCCAAACCCAUGAGAAGCAGGAUAAAUAUAUGCUUGUGGCUUUGAGACGUUUGUUCUUUGUCUUAGCCUCUUGAUACUAGAGAAGUCCCUCAUACUAUUGUUCCCUGGGAGCUUGUGCCAUUGGAUUGAGAAUGUAUAAAGUUAUUUAUUUUGUGUACUCAAUUUGAAAAUGUAUCUUUCAUAUUCAAUAAACCUUCAGUCUUCCCCCAGGAUGACUACUCCA